CUCAUCCGGACGACACCAUUAACGGUAUGUAUCAUGACGGCGGCAUGUUUGCAGUCGUCACAGGAGACUCAAGGGCGCAAUGGGCUCCGCACGGAAAGGAGCCUCGUCAAUUGCUGUGAUGGUGCUGGUCGUGGCCUUUGGUUUCGUGGCCUUGGUCAUGCCGUCGUGGGUGACGAACUCUGUCGUGGAUGCUGAAUGGGAAGGCCGAGUGAAGCGUGUCCAAGGGGACCUCGGUCUGUGGGGCUUGUGCGCAGACGUCGACUUCGACAACGCCAGGGUUCUCAUUCCAGGCAAGGAUUCUGUGGUGGACUUCAGCAUGCGCACGUGCUACUCGUACUUUUGGCCCAUCGACAACGAAAUCGUGCGCAUCGAGACUGUCAUCAAGAAAGACGCGUACACAACGAGCAUCUGUGACCACUUCCACACGAACGAUGACCGCGCGUCCAAGGCACUGGCCAUCAUGACUGGCAUCCCGUCAUCUUCCAUGAAGGACUUCCUCGACGCGUCGUGCAGCGGCACCGGGAAGGCCGUCGCGGCAUUGGUGCUAUCUGCGACUCUACUCAACUUGUUGGCGCUGGUGCUCUUGAUCGUGGGUGUGUGCUGCUGCCAGACUCGCGCGUCGCUUCCCCUCGUCGCGCGUUACAUGGUGAACCUCGGGAUUGUCUGCAGCGCCGUCAUGUCGUUCCUCAUGCUCAGUCCAUUGCGCAAGGCCAAGGCCAGUUCGCCACAUGUGUCGUACGGCCUUCCAUUGUACUUGGAAUUCACCGCGUUCUUCGUCGCGUGCUUUGCAGGGUGCGUCAUUGAGCGCUUCGAGUGCAGCGUGAAGAAGUCGGCCAACGCCGUCGACACGGACAAGCGCCUCCAAGACAAGAUGCGCCACCAACACCUCGUGUCCAAAACCAACCGCACCGAUAUCGUGUAACUAUUAAUUAAUAAAUGCAGCAAUGGAGGGUGAAAUAUUAUCUCCCCAGGCCGUUGGAAUAAUAAUAUACGUAUA